GAACCUUUCAACAAGAUGACACUGAUCCUUUCUUCCUACCUUUACAGAUUCGCACCUAUUCAUGCUGAGGCCCCUGAGUUCAUAGAGAUGAGUGUUGAGCAGGAAAUUCUGGUUACUGGUAUCAAGGUCGUGGAUCUGCUGGCUCCCUAUGCCAAGGGUGGCAAAAUUGGGCUCUUUGGUGGUGCUGGAGUUGGCAAGACGGUACUGAUCAUGGAGUUGAUCAAUAAUGUCGCCAAAGCCCAUGGUGGUUACUCUGUAUUUGCUGGUGUUGGUGAGAGGACCCGUGAAGGCAAUGACUUAUACCAUGAAAUGAUUGAGUCUGGUGUUAUCAACUUGAAAGAUGCUACCUCCAAGGUAGCGCUAGUGUACGGUCAAAUGAAUGAACCACCUGGUGCUCGCGCCCGGGUGGCUCUGACUGGACUGACUGUUGCUGAAUACUUCAGAGACCAAGAGGGUCAAGAUGUAUUGCUCUUUAUCGAUAACAUCUUCCGCUUCACCCAGGCUGGCUCUGAGGUGUCUGCUUUAUUGGGCAGAAUCCCUUCUGCUGUGGGCUAUCAGCCUACCCUGGCCACUGAUAUGGGUACCAUGCAGGAAAGAAUCACCACCACCAAGAAGGGAUCUAUUACCUCUGUACAGGCUAUCUAUGUGCCUGCUGAUGACUUGACUGACCCUGCCCCUGCCACUACCUUUGCCCAUUUGGAUGCUACCACUGUCCUGUCCCGCGCUAUUGCUGAGUUGGGCAUCUAUCCAGCUGUGGAUCCUCUGGAUUCCACCUCUCGAAUCAUGGAUCCCAACAUUGUCGGAAAUGAGCAUUAUGAUGUUGCUCGUGGGGUGCAAAAGAUCCUACAGGACUACAAAUCUCUCCAGGACAUCAUUGCCAUCCUGGGUAUGGAUGAACUUUCUGAGGAAGACAAGUUGACUGUGUCCCGUGCACGGAAAAUACAGCGUUUCUUGUCUCAGCCAUUCCAGGUAGCUGAGGUUUUCACAGGUCAUAUGGGGAAGCUGGUACCUCUGAAGGAGACCAUCAAAGGAUUCCAGCAGAUUUUGGCAGGUGAGAUUUUGAGUAUAAAGCUGAAUGUAAAAUGGCAGAGAAGCUGAAAUCUCUUGAUGCCC